ACUUUGUCUUACAUCUUUAUAUUAUAAGAACUGCUUAUCAGACAGUCAGCAACACAAAGCAACACAAGAGAAAGGAAUAGCUCCGAUAUGAAUGCAUCCAUUCUCAUCCAAGGUGUAAUUAUGCUGGUAUAUAUCAGCAUAAUUGAUGCUUAUGUGCCGCUUUGUAAGAGGCACCAGAUUCAGACGCUAACGGAAGAACUGGCAGAAAGAGAUACAAAUAUUCAGGGAACGCUAGGCGAUCUCAGUGCGUCCGUUUUGAGCAUAGAAAGAGCAAUUGCAGUUAGCAAUGCCAUAAAUAGUGCAGCCUACAAUCACAUGACAGCCAAGUUUGGUGACCUAAUUGACAUGUUUGAGGAUAGGAUUCGAAAUCUGGAGGAGAGUUGUACAUGCAGGCAUCUUACGACACAAUUUCUCUCAACAACAAAAGCACCAGAAAACCCAGAAGUAAAGAUACGAGUAGAAACAGCAGAAUCAACUAGAAUGCCAACAACUACAACAACAACGGAAAGAACAACACAAACAACUACUAAAACAACACCAACAACAACAGAAAAAACAACCCCCACCACCGUCACAACAGUAAAAACAACCCCCACCACCGUCACAACAGUAAAAACAACCCCUACCACCGUCAAAACAGUAAAAACAACACCAACAUCAACAACUGUGAAAACAACACCAACAUCAACAACAGUAAAAACAACACCUACAUCAACAACAGUAAAAACAACACCUACAUCAACGACAACUACUACAACAGUAAAACCAACACCAACUGCAACAUCGAAAGUAGAAACAACACCAACUACAACCACAACAGUAAAAGCAACACCUUCUUCUACAACAACAACAGAACCAACAACAGUAAAAGUAAAAACAACACCCACAGUGACUACAACAACAACUACAAAAGCAGCAACAACAACAACAGAUGGAGAGGGAGAUGGGAAGUGGAAGGGGGGUCAAAAACCGGGAAAUGCAAAAGGACGUUUGGGAGAAACAACAGAAAUGUAUGACAGCUUCGAUGUUUGA